AGGUCAACCUCGCAGCUAAAUUCACAAGCCACCAACCAACCAAACAACUUGCUCCAAAACCUCUUAUCUCUCUCUCUACCGAUAAAAGAUGGCAAGUACUAAUCAUGAAACCGCUAAAGCCACCCCUUCCUCAGUGGACAUGGCCAAUCCGGAAGAGCUCAAGAAGGUUUUCGACCAGUUUGAUUCCAACGGCGACGGAAAGAUCUCUGUGGCUGAGCUCGGAGGCGUUCUAAAAGCCAUGGGGACUUCAUACUCGGAGACUGAACUCAACCGCGUGCUGGAAGAUGUCGACGCCGAUCGCGACGGCUACAUCAACGUGGACGAGUUCUCUACUCUCUGCCGCUCGUCUUCCACCGCGGCAGAGAUCCGCGACGCCUUCGACCUCUACGACCAGGACAAAAACGGACUCAUCUCCGCCUCUGAGCUCCACCAGGUCCUUAACCGCCUCGGGAUGUCGUGCUCCGCCGAAGAGUGCACUCGGAUGAUCGGACCUGUGGAUGCUGACGGCGAUGGGAACGUUAAUUUCGAAGAGUUUCAAAAGAUGAUGACGUCAUCCUCACUCACCAACAGCAACAACGGAUCCACUGCUGCGGCAAACAGUAGUUCGACCUAGCCUAGGUUUUAGAUUCGUUCGAUUUGCGUAUCUGGAUUCUCUCUACAACUGGAUGUACUUGGGACUAGUUGUUACUUUGGUUUUGUACUUUUGAAAAUGUAAUAAAGUCUUCUCUCUUUUCAUAUGGAGAUGUUUGAGAAAAUAUCGGCCUUCUAAAGCCCGUUUAAGGCCCAAAUAGCCAUCUUUUGCUU